GGAGGGGACGCGACGAGGCGCUCAGGCGACUCCUGGCCACUAGCUGAGUGGCCUCUUUUGUUUGCCUAAUUCCUCAGCAGUUUCUGAGCCUGAAGAUGACCCUGAUCUGAGUCCAAGGACCCCCGUCCAAAGGGAAGAUGGAAGAGCUGAGUCAAGCCCUGGCUGGUAGCUUUUCUGUGUCUCAAGAUCUGAACAGCACAGCCGCCCCACACCCCCGCCUGUCCCAGUACAAGUCCAAGUACAGUUCCUUGGAGCAGAGUGAGCGGCGGCGCCAGUUACUGGAACUGCAGAAAUUAAAGCGGCUGGAUUAUGUGAACCAUGCCAGAAGACUGGCUGAAGAUGACUGGACGGGGAUGGAGAGUGAAGAAGAAGAAGAAAAGAAAGAUGAUGAGGAAAUGGAGGUUGACACUGGCAAGAAGUUACCAAAACGCUAUGCUAAUCAAUUAAUGCUCUCAGAGUGGUUAAUUGACGUCCCUUCAGAUUUGGGGCAGGAAUGGAUUGUGGUCGUGUGCCCUGUUGGAAAAAGAGCCCUUAUCGUGGCUUCCCAGGGUUCUACCAGUGCCUACACCAAGAGCGGCUACUGUGUCAACAGGUUUUCUUCCCUUCUGCCAGGAGGCAACAGGCGAAACUCAACAACAGCGAAAGACUACACCAUUCUGGACUGCAUUUACAAUGAGGUGAACCAGACAUACUACGUUCUGGAUGUGAUGUGCUGGCGGGGACACCCGUUUUAUGACUGCCAGACUGAUUUCCGAUUCUACUGGAUGCAUUCAAAGUUACCAGAGGAAGAAGGACUGGGAGAGAAAACCAAGCUCAAUCCAUUUAAAUUUGUGGGACUGAAGAACUUCCCUUGUACCCCUGAGAGCCUGUGUAAAGUGCUGUCUAUGGACUUCCCUUUUGAGGUGGAUGGGCUUCUCUUCUACCACAAGCAGGCCCACUACAGCCCUGGAAGCACUCCUCUGGUGGGCUGGCUGCGCCCCUACAUGGUGUCAGAUGUUCUUGGCGUAGCUGUGCCAAUCGGCCCACUGACCACCAAGCCAGAAUAUGCUGGCUACCAGCUCCAGCAGAUUAUUGAGCACAAGAAGAGCCAGAAGGAGGGCGUAAUGGGGAAGCUCACACCCAGGGCCUCUGAGAAUGGAUGCUAUGAGUUGGAGCACCUGUCUACCCCCACGCUGAAGAGCCCUCCCCAGAGCCCCAGCCACCCGGAGAGCCUCAUGGAGAACUAGGCAGGGCAGCCUCCUCUGGGAGGCACAGGAUGGUGGCUGGUCUCAGAGGAGGGCUGGGGAGGUGGCCGGUGACAAGAACAAAGUGCCUUCAUUUUAAGGCAGAACUUCCAAAUCCAUUCCAGCUGGAAAGAGCUUGUCUUCUAUCUGAAAUGCUGGCUUUAACAGUAGGGGAAGGUUCCCACAUUGGGUGGUCUUUGGAUUUGAGCAGCAACUCCUGUGAAAAUGUAUCACAGAUCCACAGUGUAAAUAUAUGUCAUUCUUAAGAA